AUGGCUGCUGCAACAGUAGGAAAAAAGAACAAGGGGAAGAAAGUCGCCGAUCCCAACGAAACCUCCAAAUUGCUAGCCGCCAAGAUCUCGCAGCUCGAACAAGAUGCGACGAACGAGAAAGACCAGGAAAUGGAGAUCGAGCGGGAGGUGAAGAAGGCCACGCGGGACUUGAAUCAGCUGCUCAAUACUAUAGAAUCGCCAAUGGUCAAGUUGGAAACCGUUCAUAAGAGGUACACCGAUUUGCUCGCCGAUAUGAAGAAGCUGGAUCGGGACCACGCCAAAAGCAAGAAACGAGCGGAUCAGCUGCAGAAGGACCAGGAGAAAGGAAAGUCAGAGUUGAACAAAACCGUUACCAUGAAGGAUAAGCUGGAGAAGCUCUGCCGUGAGCUGACCAAGGAAAACAAGAAAGUCAAGGACGAAAACAAGAAGCUAGAAGAAAAUGACAAAAGAGCUCGCAUUGUUGUCAAUGAACGCCUGGACUCUCUUCUCUGGGAUAUUCAAGACGUCAUGGCCUCAAAGCAAAACCCCCGGGCCGAGACGCUCGAUAUCGAUCUCAAUGAAGCGUACGCAUACGUCCUCGCCUUCCUUCGACAUGAGGAUGAAUCCCCGCAGCACGUUCAUCGUUUACUGACUUCGUGCUUUUUUUUUACCUUUAGUGUCCGCCUUAAGAUCAAGACUCUCUGCGACCAGUUUGAGAUGCGUGAUAUCUACUUCAAGAGUCUUCUUCGCGGCAAGGAUCUGGAAAUUCAGCUUACCACGGCCAAAUACGAGGAACAACGCCGAGCUGCCGAGAAUGAGGCGGCUCGCGGUCGUGCCUUGAGCGCCCAAGUAUCAACCUUCUCUCACACGGAGGCUGAGCUCCGCAGUCAGUUAAACAUCUACGUGGAGAAGUUCAAGCAGGUCGAGGACACACUGAACAACAGCAACGAGCUUUUUCUUACCUUUCGCAAGGAGAUGGAGGAGAUGUCCAAGAAGACCAAGCGCCUCGAGAAAGAGAACCACACCCUCAACCGCAAGCACGAAUCCACCAACCGCAACAUCCUUGAGAUGGCUGAAGAACGCACACGCAACCAGGAGGAGUUGGAGAGAUGGCGACGCAAGUGCCAGCAUCUUGAAGCUCUUUGCCGCCGCAUGCAGGCCCAGGGUCGGGGAGAAGGACUGGCCGAGGGCGAUGAUCAUCUAGACCAUGACGACGAGGGUACCGAGAGUGAGUACGAGGAAGACUAUGAGGACGAGGAGGACCUAAGUGAGGAGGAAGAACCGGAUGAAUCUGACCGUGGUGCUACCCAGUCAGCCACUCAGUCUCCCGCGUCUUCGGAACGACCUGUCUUUGGCCCUCCACCUCCCCCCCAACAUCCUCCAGGCUCGGGCUUCCAAGAACGCUGUUUUGAAUGGAGUUCACUAGUCGGUGCUGAUUCGAUUUUGCUGGAGUCCUCUGACCCAUUAUCUCUUUUUUCGGGAGAAAUGUGCCAUCACGACGUACCCUUGUUUCCAUAUUGCUUUCACGAACCCCAAUUUACGCGAUAG